GGUCUCAUUUGAUAGAAUGAAAGACAUUACAGAAAUAGAGAUUUUGACUGGUUUCACAAUGAUUUUGAUUGGUUUCACGACGAGAACGAUCUUGAAAUUGAACUCAAAGUAGCGGAAAUGUUCAAUUUUUGCUAAUGUUUAAGAGUAAACAAAUGACAUCACCGUCCAGUAAGUGUCCAACUAACCAUUCUAAUAUGCAGUCAUGAAUGGGUUGACAUUAUUUACAGUUAUUACAAUAAUGCAGUAAUCUGCAUAACAGUAAAUCUUCUAUUUUUGUGUGAAUAAAAAUUCAAAAUAGAAAGCAAGAGUAAUAUAAGAGGGGGGGCCUGGAGAUGUCACUAAUGAACAGAGAAAAUGUUAUUUUAGUGUCAGGAAUGUCUGCAUUGGUUAUUCUAGAUACUAUUUUGAAAUUGGCAUCUUUUUUAAUUUGCGUGAAAUUGGCUGAAUUGCCUAUUUCUGACCACUAUUGGGUAGUUGAAAUCGGUAAAUGGGCAGUUUCUUGUACUCAAUCGAUAGAACAAAUGGGGUUCUAAAGAAAUAGCCACAAGUUUGGUCGACUUGAACAAAGGAACUGGCUGAAAAUAGGGCUCAAAUUGGGCAAAAUCACCGAUGCAUAUAUAUUGCCAAAAUUGCUAACUUUGACGAGAGCGUAAUUCCAUAAGUUUUCCAUCAAAUUUCGUACUAUUGGUGUCAUUACCAUCGGGAAAAGUUUCUCUAUCAUUUCAUAGGAAUUUUUUUUUCUUCUUCUUUUAAUAUUUUGCAAUACAGACACUUCAGGAUUUGGGGUCUUGAAGUCAAAGGGUUGAAGGGCUUGAUCAUUUGUGAUAUUCUGUGCCAGUUUUCAUGCAAAAUGUUGACUGAUAUUUUUGGUUGCUACUUCAUAUUCAAACUUCUCUUUUACAUUACAAUACAUAAAGAUUAUUAAGUGAUUUUUUUUUAUAUACAUGAAAAGUUGUAAACCCAACAGCUACUCACUGUUAAAGAUCAAAAUUUUAUUAGGCUGUAAUAUUUUGUCUUAAUUAUCUUGUCGAUUUAUGCAUUAAACGUAAUUUGAAGACAAACGGUUGCCUGGAUUACUUGUAUUACACAGCCAUGUUUUUUCAGGUAAAUAGUAUAAAUUUCCUAAAACUGAUAUAAAUAUUAGUGUUAGUUUUUCCAGUGUCAGUUUAGUCAUAAUUUAAUCAUACUGAUGCCCAAACAGGAACCAGUAUUGUUUUCUACAACUAUUCGUGAAAAUAUGCUGUAUGGUGCUCAGGAUCCUUCAGCUGUCACAGAUGAAGAUAUCAUAAUUGCUGCAAAAGAAGCAAAUGCCCUCUCAUUCAUCAACUCCUUCCCCGAAGGUUUUGAUACUGUUGUUGGAGAGCGUGGAGUGAUGUUGUCAGGCGGCCAGAAGCAGAGGAUUGCAAUAGCCCGUGCCUUGAUUAGUAAUCCACGUAUUUUAUUACUGGACGAAGCAACCAGUGCAUUGGAUGCUGAAAGUGAAAGCCUUGUGCAGGAAGCUUUAGAGCGCCUCAUGCGUGGUCGCACUGUUAUUACUAUUGCCCACAGACUUUCAACAAUCAGGAAUGCAAGCCAAAUAGCAGUGCUGCACGAUGGCAUCAUCGGUGAGAUGGGCUCCUAUAACAAACUGAUGAUGGAGCCAAACGGUAUCUUCCGGAAGCUAGUGGAUAGGCAGACUAUCACUAGUUAAAAGCUUUGAUAAGGUUGGCAUAUUGAACAAACUCUUGGAAUUAAAGUUCCUAAAUUUGUAUUUAAAUUUAUAAACCUAGUCAAAAAAAAUUUAUUUUUGAAUAAGUUACUGUUUUGUUUUUAUUAAAUUACUUGUAUGAAAUUUUGUCUUGUUAAUACAUUGCAUCUGGAAUAAUUUACUUGUAAAUAAUACUGUAAUUUCUAAUUUGUAUCUUUUAUAAUUCAUUAUAAAGAAAUCUAACACACACUAAGCAAUAUUAGGACAUUUAUUAAGAAGAUUGUUUGCCUGUGAGUUUAUUUUUUUUUUUAAUCCAAUAUAGAAACAUGAAGGAUUAUAUACAUGUAUAAGUACAAGGUCAGAUGCUGCAUGUGGGGGUGGAGUUACCUGAUGGCUGUUUGGUUUGGCAGGAUGAAGUUGGCAAGAACCUCUGAAAUCAUAAAGCUGCCAUUAAUUUUGUGUGAUAUUGAUAGUGGCAAUCUAAACAGCUUGAGGUGCUGAUCAGUUUCACCUGAUAACAAAUUUACUAUCUUUGAAAUUCAAGGUGUACAGGAAACCUACAAAGAUGACCUGUUACUCUUCUUAUGCAAGGAUAAAGGUAUCAUUAUAGGAUUCUCAUGAAAUGAUAGAGAAUCUUUUUCCAUAAAUAAUGAAACCAAAAGUACGAAAUUUGAUGGAAAACUCACGGAAUUACUCGGUCUCGGCGAUAUUUACGCAUCAGCGAUUUUGCCCACUUUGAGCCCUAUUUUGAGCCAAUUCUAAUGUUGCAGUCAACCAAACUCAUAGCUAUUUUGCUAGUACUCCUUUUAUUCUAUCGAUUGAGUACAGGAAACUGCCCAUUUACUUAUUUCAACUCCCUAAUAGUGAUCAGAAAUUGGUAAUUUGUCUAAUUUUGCACAAAAUUCAAGAAAGGCCAGUUUCAAAAUAGGGUCUAGAAUAAACAAUGCAGACAUUCCUGGUACUAAAACAACAUUUUUUCUGUUUAAUAAUCAUGUCUCCAGCCCCUUCUUAUACGCUUACUUUCCAUUUUUAAUUUUUAUUCACACAAAAAAUAAAGAUUUACUGUUAUGCAGACUGUUGCAUUAUUAUAAUUGUAUAAAUAAUAUCAGUGCAUUCAUGAAUGCACAUUAGACCCACCAGUUUAUGUGCAUUGGACGCAUGACAAUUUGUUUCCUCUUGAACAUCAGCAAAAAUUGAACAUUUUCGCUACUUUGAGCUCAGUUUCAAGCUACUUUGUCCCAAAACCAAACAAAAUAAUCUCUAUUUCUGUAGUAUAUCUUCCAUUCUAUCGAAUGAGAUCAAGAAAAUGAGAAUACAACCGUAAAAUCCAUACGAAAAUACACCCAAAGUUGCUGUUUUACACCAAACCCAGCACUCUGUGCUGCAGAAUAUUUUUUAUAUGAUGCACUCUUACCGCAUAGACCCGUUCUCUCAUUUCUGGGCCCAAAUUUACCACUCACGGCUUAUCUAUAAGCAAGUUGAGCUCAUGGUAUCAUACUACAGGACCGGCACUGGCUUCAAAGCUGUAAUAUAAUGGGACCAAGACCGAAAGGGUUAAAGAGGAAUAUAACUGUAUACACCACGCAUUUUCUAAAUUUCAAUACCCAGCACAUUUCAUUAAAAACUGUAGGAAAAAAUUAAUAGAAUCCACUCUGACAAAUUCUUAGUACUGUACUAAUAGUUAUGCAGGUUUUGGACAAUCCAGUCUUGUUGCCAAGAGUAAAACCAGCAUAAUCAGCAUCCAGCACAAUCAAGAAUUUAGCAGCCAAGAAAUACAUAAGAAACUACUGGCAUCUAUACCAUAUUAUGUGGUAGAUGUCACAAACUAUAAGUAGUAGAGACUUUCAGAACUUCAGAACAAUACAUGAGGGAACACCAGUAUGCAUGUCAAAAUGACUUUAAAAAUGCCUGCACUAUUUACCGGCACUCAAACAAACAAAUCUCAAAGACACCAAAUUAGUUACCAGGGAUACUGACUAACAUCACAAUCUGUUUAGAACCUGCUCUUUGUGCCACUACCAUCACAGAAUUCUGGCAGUCUUAUGAUUUACAAUGCUCUCGCUAGGCUUAUCUCUGCAGGGCAGCGCUGUGUGACCCUUGUGGGUUUAGUGCUUGGUAAUGAUUAUAAUAAUCUUUGAAGGGGAGGUGCCUUAAUGCUAGUAAGGUCUCUGCAUCUAAAGAACUGAACUUAUCCUCCCUUUUCUUGGAUCAAAUCUAAUUGUCUCAGUUUCCCCAGGUGCUACAUGACCUGUAUACAUUUAGUACUUCCUCUGAUUAAAAAUAAAAAUAACCAGGCUCAUCCUGAACACAUCCAUGGAGUAGCUCUGUACCCACAUAUAGCACCCACCAACAUUUCAUCUAUUGAUAACAAAAACAAAAAAAAAAAAAAAAAGGCACAAUACCGUGACUGGAACAAUACACAAAUAACCCGCACAUAGAAGAGAGGAGCUUACGAUGACGUUUCGGUCCGACUUUGACCAUUUACAAAGUCACACUACCACCUCCUGCCUGUAUAUACCCUUCCUGCUUUCCUUUUCGUUAGUGUGACUUUGUAAAUGGUCCAAGUCAGACCGAAAUGUCGUUGUAAGCUCCUCUCUUCUAUGUGCGGGUUAUUUGUGUAUUUCAUCUAUUAGACAUGUACUUGUAUAUUGUUUUCUGUAUUGGCUUGAAAAAUCCCUUAGCAGGAGAAACAUCUCUUCAAUAAAUGUCUUAAUACCAAUAUUGUCUUGUACACUUGUUGGUGUUGAUACACCAUGGACUGGUAGGCGAUUAGGAUAAAAGAUUAUUGACUGUUAUGACAUUGUACUUGUAUUAAGCUAUAUUUUUGGACAAUAUUGAUUUUGCAGAAAGUCAGCCCUGUAAGUAAAGGACAACUUGAAUUUUCUAUUAAAAUAUUAGUCAAUGGACUGAUGAUGAA